UUUCUUGCUUUUAUGGUUUGUUUUCGAGAUAUUUCAAUUUGUUUGAUAUGUAAAUGAGUGUGAAUAUGUCCGCUAAUUUAUGAUGUCAUGUUAGUUGCAAGCGCAACUGAAGUAAUGAUGGCGGUCGGACGCAUCGAUCUGAGUUCCGUCGUUUUUAUUGUAGCAGUAAGAUUUUUGCUACUGAUAUCUCAGUCUAGCAUUGCAAACAACUCAAAUGAAGUUUCGCUUCACUUAUGGAGAUAUUGUAAAACGUGUUAUGCUGAAAAACCUUGCCUUGUUGACGGAAAGCCACUUAGACUUAGUCGUUUACAUCGAGACUUUACAUGUCGUAACGGUCUACUUGUGGGCAGCCUUCUGCUUCUCUGUGGAGACAUUGCUACACAACCUGGUCCUGGUUGUCGGAUUAACAGUAACGCAAAUACAUUGUAUUGUUCUGCGAUCAAGUGCCUUUAUAUGAAUGCUAGAAGUGUGGUCAACAAGCGUAGUGAGUUACAGGCAUUAUCGAUUGGGCAUGAUCUCAUAUUUUGUGUUGAAUCAUGGCUAAAACCUGAUGUCUUGAAUUGCGAACUUCUCCCGAGUGCUGAAUAUACUAUUCACAGACGAGAUCGAGUUGACAAGGUCGGCGGUGGUGUUUUUCUAGCAGUAAGAAACACCAUAUUGAGCGUCCGCAGGAAUGAUCUAGAAACAAAUGCCGAAAUAAUGGCGUGUGAACUUCGCCCAAAUUCUAGACGAAAUAUUUUGGCAGUCGCUUUCUAUAGGCCACCAGACUCUGAUCUUAACUGUUUGAAAGAAUUUAAGAAACUCCUGCGACUUGCUAGCCGCACAAAAUUCGAUCAAAUUAUUGUCUUGGGUGAUUUUAAUCUCCCUAAGAUUAACUGGUCAACGGGAACUGCGACGACUGGAGAUCGUAUUCACAAUUAUUUCACGAAGAUCGUCAAGGACUAUUAUUUGUGGCAGUUAGUUGACUUCCCAACUAGAGAGGAGAACACCCUUGAUCUAAUUUUAACAACUAUUCCCACUAGGUUCCGUAAUAUCCACGGAUUUGACGACAUAAUUUCCACCGAUCAUAAACUAAUUAGUUUCGAGCUAGAUCUCAAAAUUACAAAAAAGCCGAACAUAAAACGUGUUGUUUAUAACUUUAAGAAAGCCGACUGGCCAGGUCUUAAACAAACUCUCAGUAAUAUCUCCUGGGACCUAUGCUUUGUUCCUAAUGACGUUGACUUAUCACUUGCUAAUUGGAGUGACUUAUUUCUUUGUGCAGUUGACAGUCAUAUUCCCAAGUCUAGUUCCCGUAACGUGCAUGACCACCCAUGGAUUGAUAAUGAAAUGCGUUUCCUUUUGAAAAAGAAAGACACACAGAGACGGAUUGUAAACAAAGUCCGCUCGCAAUCAGCAAAGAAAAAAUAUGACGAUCUCCGAUGUGCAGCAAAACAACUUUUAGCUAAAAAAAGACAAGAACACGCGCAUAAGCUUAAAGAAUCUGUUGCCACAAACCCAAAGCGUUUUUGGGGUUAUGUCAAAUCUUGCACCUCAAAUAAUCGUUCUUGCAAUUUUAUACGAGACGGUCGUUCAUUUAUAACUGAUAGUCGAGAUAUGGCAAACUUGUUUAAUCGUUUUUUUCACUCUGUGUAUAACCCGUCCUCAAGUGCACAAUCCCCACCUAGUUUUGAAUCCUUGGACCCAGCAGAAAAUCUGCUGACUACUAUUAAUCUCACAGUCGCUGAAGUAGCGGGCGCAAUUCAGGCUUUAGACCCCAACAAAGCUUGUGGCCCGGAUGAUAUUCCCGGAACUCUUCUGAAAUACACGGCAAAUGAAAUAGCACCCUUCUUGUGUAAAAUUUUUAACAUGUCUUUAUCAACAGGCUCAUUCCCUGUACUAUGGAAACGCGCGAACAUCUCACCUGUGUUAAAAAAGGACGAUUCUACGUUGGUUGAGAAUUAUAGACCAAUUUCACUGUUGUGCAUUGCCUCCAAAAUCCUGGAGCGCUGUGUAUUCAGACGCUGCUAUUCUCACCUACUUCCUUCCUUUUACCAGCUUCAACACGGCUUUUUAAAAGGUAAAUCAACCGUAACCCAACUUCUUGUAGUGUAUCAUGAAAUUCUGGACAACCUGGCUGAUGGAAAAGACGUCGAUGUUGUUCAUCUAGAUCUUUCUAAAGCGUUUGAUAAAGUGCCACAUCUUCAACUGUUGGCUAAACUUCAAAACUCUGGUAUAUCGGGACCUGUCCUCGACUGGUUCGAAAGUUAUUUGUGGGACAGACGUCAGCGAGUAGUACUGAAAGGCACAUAUUCUGAUUGGCUACCAGUCACAUCUGGAGUGCCCCAGGGUUCCAUACUGGGGCCCCUACUUUUUCUGGUGUACGUCAACGACAUGCCCGAUCAUGUUACACAAGGAUCAACUAUAGCCCUUUAUGCGGAUGACUCAAAACUUUACCGCACUAUUGAUUCUCCAAGUACAUCAAUCUCCCUACAGGCUGAUCUUUAUUCGCUACAGGACUGGAGUCGUGUUAAUGCUAUGGAUUUUAGUACAUCCAAGUGCAAAGUUUUGCAUAUGUCACGAAAAAAGUCUGCUGGGUCUCUUCUGCGCGAAUAUUAUUUAUCUGGGCAUAAAUUGGACGCUCCUGUUGAAACACGAGAUCUUGGUGUCACUGUUACAAGAGAUUUAUCAUGGGGGGCACACAUUGAACAGAUGUGUGCUAAGGCAAACAAAACUCUUGGCCUAGUAAAGCGCGUCUCCAAAGACUUCCACGACCGUUCCAUUAGACUGCUCCUAUACGUGUCAUUAGUUAGACCUCUACUAGAGUACGCGAGUAGUCUAUGGUCACCAUACACAGUAAAGCACAAGAAACUUAUCGAAAAUAUACAGCGUCGUGCCACAAAGUUUAUUUUGGACUACCCAAGCAAUGUAAACUAUACGGAAAGAUUAGCCAUGUUGAGCAUACUCCCAUUGGAACAUCGCAGAGAAACAAUAGAUCUAAUUCUCCUUUUUAAGUCUAAGACUCGUCUUAUUAACGCUAACCUCCAGAACUUAUUACAACCAGCCUCGUCUGGUUAUGCUACGCGAAACUUUGAUGAAGCAAAUUAUCGCUUUUAUUCAUCCCAUCGCCAGAAUUACUUUAUAAAUUCAUAUUUCCCUAGGACAGUUAAGAUAUGGAAUGAGCUCCCUCAUUCCAUAAAACAUGCAUCCAGUCUUACCGAAUUCAAAAACCUCCUUCUUCGUUAUUACAGAAAUAAGCUAGCUUUGUAUUGUCCACCGUAAACUAUACUCUUGUGUAUUGUGUUCACAAGGUAUUUUAUAUUUUUGUAGUAUAUAAAGGGGGAGGAUUGUCAAUUGGGACGUUAGUCCUGUUUUCCUCUCCUGUCACUCCGUCUUUGUGUCAUUGUUAGUUUAGGUGUUGCAUGCAUGUCCUGUAUUUAUUUGUAAUUUGUAAUUCGCAAUGUAAUGUAAUGUGACAUAUUUCAUUAAACUAAACUAAACUAAACUGGUUAUAAAUGUAUUAACUCUAAAAACUGUUCAUACCAGUUCACGUUUUUCUCCAUUGUUUCAUCACAUUUACCAGUGAGUGAAGUUUGAAAUUAUCAUUUUGGAUGAUAGCAAUGAUAUUCAACCAUUUUGAAGAGCUUGCAACCAACAUGACGUCAUAAAUUAGCGGACAUAUAUCGGGAACAAACCAUAUAAACUCGGGAACAAACCAUAUAUAAAUAAUAUCUCGGGAACAAACCAUAAAAACAAGAAACUAAAAAAUAAGUUACACUACAGCUAAAAGAGUUCUUUCAUUUAAGAAAAUAAGAAAUUUCAUUUCAUAUGCACUUUAAACAAAUUUAUUCAAAAUCAUGCAUUGACAAUUAAAUUUGUUCAGCGCGGAAUCAUAUACAUUCGCUUUAAGAAAGGACGAUCGCUUAUUAGAUCGCUUUAAAUUUUUAUUAUUGACUGACUGCUUAAUUAUUUAUUAAUUAUCAUAAUGCAAUAAAUUGCAGAAUACUGAAGCCGUCCAGUCACGUUUUCUCUGUAAUCAGUCUUUCGUCUCCAGUGGAAAAAAAAUUUUAGAGUAUUCUAAAUUUUUAGAGAUUAGAGUGCGACAUUAAUUAAUCCGAAAAAAUGUUUUUCGUCUUACCAAAUCCUCAAUACGGUGUAUCAUUAGACCAACAAUAACAUUUAAUGGCGAAUUUUGUCCCACGGUUGGCAAGAUUCUUUUGUCGUAUCGACUCUUGUUGAAUAAAUACUUUACCAGACCCAAUUCUUCCCCAUUGACUGCAAUCAAUACAAAUUUGUAUUUAGAAUAUAAAAUAAUGUACUAUGAUCAUUGUUUACGGUAUAUAGUGAGAGGAUGCAGCCUGAAAAGUAAGGACAAGAGUGCAUGACGGGCAGCAUCAUGGAAUAAUCUCUCUGGUGAAAUUUUAGACGACUAAAUUUAUUCAAGCGGUCGGAAAAAGUAAAAUACUACGACAAUGCUUAGACGAAACAAUUGAUGCUUGGGCGAAACAGUGCUUAGUCGAAACAAUGCUUGGGUCAUAAAGUUUUGUUAACGACCUUGUUUACUCGAAACUGGUUUUUGUGACGACACUUGCCGAAAAUUUCGCUUCUUUUAUUAAGUAAAUUAUCUUUGUUUAUGUCUUUCAAAAUGCAAAAUUUUUCUUCCAAACGGCAUAAAUUGCAGCGUUUGAUCCCCCUGUGUAUGAAAAAUUGACCAUUUGAUAGUAUAAUCCUGAUUGUUUUCUUUUAAUUUCCAAAUAUGUUUCGAAAGUUCCGUUUUGUUUGAGUUUUAUUAUGACGAAAAGAUGAAGUGCGGUUAGCGUAACGUUCCUUAAAUGUAGUCGUUGUCAUAGCAAUGUGUGUCAUAGCAAUUGUGUCGUUUGUGUUGUUCGUUGUGACUGUGGCUUGUUGUUUCGGUAGUGGGCAAGUAUUUUCGUUGUCGGCGCAGUUACAGUUGUCAGUUUCCGUAUUCUGUGAUUGGCUGUUCCAACGCACGUAUAAUUAGGCACAGCCAAUCACAGAAUACGGAAACUGCGACAACAAAAACAAGGGUCACACCCUUUGUCUCCCUGCCGACUACGCAUUAAGCAAGUGCCUCACGCACAUAAUCGUGCAAGGAACAGCAACAGUUAGCUCAGAUCCGUCAAUAGUCUAUCAUCCGAUCCCUGAGUUGUUGCAUCAUUUAAAUUACGUUCGUGCAGUCUCCGAUUUUAUACUAAUAUAUUUUAUCGUUUUUGUUGUGGUACGUUAAAUGAUAGAUUGCGCAUGCGUAACCGAUUAAAGCGUAAAAAGUGCGCAUGUGCAACAAGCUUUUACAUCCCACAAGCAAAGAAGCAAAUGUUUUAGCUUACAUUCGCUGAUUGAAAGUAGGGUAUGUUUGUCCAUUUUUAAAUGGGAACUCAACUAUGCUAUUACAAACUAAUAGCAUGGCUUUUCGGGAGAUUAGUGAUUAAAUGACCCCUUACCCUCGGCAGGUUUGCGGAAUCCACAAACCUGUCUCGGGUUACGGGGUCAUUUAAUCACUAAUCUCCCUCAAGCCAUGCUAUUACUUAUAAUUAAGGUUUUCUCGUUUUAAUGUUCUAGAGAUUUGCUCCGAGGCGCCUUUGAUAUACGGUAAUGUAAUGAACUUUGUUUGCGGGAAUGCGGAAUUGUCAGCAUCAGGGGAACCUUGUUUUUCCUUAAGUCUGCGAUGUUUGUCACACUGUUUUAAAAACUGUUUGGGAUAGCCAUUGCCCAUAAGUACAUUGAAAACAUGUUUACGUUCCUUUCUUUUUCCCGAGGUAGAAGUCGGAAUAUUAUCUGCUCGAUUGAGUAAAGAAUUAACGACAGAACGUUUAUGGGUGGUGGGAUGGUGGAAAUUAAAAUCCAAGUAUUUGUUUGUGUGUGUAGGUUUCCUAUAAACGCUGACUUGUAUAGUUUUCGUGUUAUCUCUAGUUGUCAUAGUGUCUAGGAAAGCAAGUUUGCUUUCCGUUUCCUUUUCCACAGUGAACUGCAUAUUAGGAUCGACGGAGUUUAGGGGAUCAUGAAACUCACUGACAUAGUCUUUGAGUAAACAUGUGUGGCUAUCGUCUACGAAACGAAACCACCAACGUGGUGGAUGUGGGGCUAUCGUAAUGGCUAUUUUUUUCAAUGUGCCCCAAGACUAUAUUCGCUAAUGUUGCACUUAUUCGGGAACCCAUCAGGGGCACCGGAAGCAAUGUGAAGCGGCGGGGGCAGCCAUUUCAAAAGGGCACUUGCUUCUCAGCCAUCAUUUUUCUGGGCGGCUAUAUUUGUUAAAACUUUAUUGUAUGGAUACCCGAUUACUUGUGGCUAUUGUGGGUCGGCAAACUUCGACAUUAAUUUUGAACAAUUUUAUUUGUUGCACCAUGUUAAGGGCGCAAAAUAAAAUCAGUAAACGGACGUAUAUUGCCUGAUUUAGCAUUAAUCAGGGGCCGCGGAACCGGGGGGCAAUGGGGGCAUGUGCCUCCCCACUUUUUUAAAGUGAAAAAGUGCCCUUUUGGGGGGCUAGAAAGAAAGCACCUGCCCUUUUUGCUGUAGUAAAGACUCUGUAAGGCUAUUUCCGACGUUAUAGGGACUCCAUAUUUUCAAAAAAAUUUCGUUCGGUUCGUGAACGACAUAAAAUCGUUUGAUUUUGAGUCAUAAUUAUACAAAAGUGAUUCCCACUGCCUCUGACAUUAAUUUUACUAGAACUGGUUAAAAUUAAGCAAAGAUUGCUCAAAAAUAGAUAGAAAUUCAAAUUCAUGUGAAUAACGCACAAAUGUCGAAGCGCAGUUCUGGUGAAAAAGGGCAACCUGUUGCCCCCGUGCCGCCCCCGCACUGUUUCGGCAACGGGGGCAGUUACCCCCGUGGCUCCGGCGCCCCUGGAACCCAUUUGCACAGCCAGAAAUGUGUUGAUAAUGACAACCGUCGUAUUUGAAAUAACUGUUUCGUAUACGAACUCUAAUAGUUUUAUAAUAUUCUUUAUAGAUAUGUCUGUACGAGUUGUGAGAUUAUUGUCUUGCACUAGUCUUUUCUUGACCACUUGCAGGGCUAAUUCAAUUAGAAUAGAUGUUAAAAGCGAAACCACAUCGUAGGAUACCAUGAUCUCAUUACUCGAUGUAGAUUGAUAGCGUAUUUGUUCUGCGAACUCGUUGCUAUUCUUAAUUAAGAAAUUCUCGUUCAAAAGGGGGGAGAGUAUACGGACUAGAUGUUUGGACAGUCGGUAAGUGUGAAGGCCAGUACAGCUAGUAAUGGGACGUAAAGGGAUUUCAUGUUUGUGGAUCUUUGGCAAAUUAAACCGUAGAAUGUGGCAACAUUGGCAUCUGUGCUAUGUAAAAAAUAGUACAGUUUGUCUUGAAUUUGCUUUGUUUCUUGAUUGUGUGUGGCUGGUUGCGAUAUAAUCUCUCUUAAAAGACUAUUCAUAUCUUUUUCAACUCUAGAUGUGGGCUUUCUACGUUUGUUUGUUAUUUUUAGGUAUGUUGUGGGAUCAUCCAAAAGAUAGUUAAUUUUAUGCUGAUAAUCGUCUUUGUUCAUUACAACUAUAGCCGUUUCCUUAUCGGCAGCUAUAAUUUGAAUCGAGGGGUCUCGUUGUAACUUUUUCAUAGCUAAAUUUUGCUGAUUGGACAUGUUUUUUGUUGCGGGGGGUUUGCUAUGUCGUAAAAUGUUAACAACAGAUGCACGAAUCGAUGAUUUGGUUUAUCAGGCAGUUCUUUGACUCCCUUCUCCAUAUUUGCUACGAUAUGUGCUGUAGGGAUGGUUUUUGGCGUAUUAGCAAAAUUCAAACCAUUACGUAGGACUGUGUGCUAUUGGUGGGAACGUUGUCGCUUCGACAGAUUUAUGACCCAACGGUCUUUAUUCACUUCUCCUAUGUGGGUGUCUGAUAUCCCCUAAUCUUGCAACUUACCUUGAUGUCUUUCUUUUGCUGCUUGUCUAGCUGA